UAAACCGCAAAAACGAAAAUCGUUGGUCGCUCUUGACAGAAGAAAAAAAUGGAAUCGAGUCGUCCUCACUUCAAGCUGGUUUUGGGAUCUUCAUCGAUUGCUCGAAGAAGUGUAUUAACAGACAUGGGAUAUCAGUUCACUCUAAUGAGUGCUGAUAUUGACGAGAAAAGCAUCCGUAAGGAGAAGCCUGAAGACUUGGUUUUAGCUUUAGCUGAGGCAAAGGCUGAAGCAAUCAUGCAGCGGAUCCCUGAUGAUGACGACGACAUAAAGGAGGCCUUACUUGUUACUUGUGACCAAGUUGUUGUCUAUGAAAAUACCAUUAGAGAGAAACCCUCGAGUGUGGAAGAAGCAAGGGAAUACAUAAGAGGCUAUUCCAAGGGACACACAGCAACAGUCAGUUCCGUGGUUGUAACAAAUCUCAAAACAGGUUUCAGAAAAGGAGGCGUCGAUAGAGUCGAGAUCUAUUUCAACGAAAUAUCCGAGGAGAUCAUCGAGAAACUGAUUGAAGAAGGCAUGGUGCUUAAGGUGGCUGGUGCACUCCUAAUCGAACAUCCUCUAAUAUCGCCAUGCGUUAAAGAAGUGGUUGGGACAACAGAUAGCGUGAUGGGUUUGCCUAAAGAACUGACUGAGAAACUCCUAAAGGAAGCAUCAUCAAGCACAUAGGAGAAACUGUUUGGUGUCUAAAUGUUGGUUUAUUAAUGAUCUGCUUGCUACUUGUGACAAUUAUGGAUAAGUUGUUUCUAGCCAGUAACCAAACCUUUGGACUGUGAUUGGUAGUUUAUUUUCCUAUUUAUUUACCAAACCAGAGAAAAAAACAACGCGAUAUUCACCACCUCCAUGCUCCAACAAUAUUGAUUAACAAACUUGCCUUCUUCGUGGUCUCCCAAAUAAAUCCAAAGACCUCAAAAAACAAAACAAAAAAAACUGAUCAAAGGGAUGAUGGAAGCUGUUAUUUAUAAUACAUGCUCCGUUCUCUUUUUUUUUCAUACAUUACAAUUAGAACUUCACUGAAACGAAAUGAUCUAAGGAAAAAAAAACAUAACACUACUUGUAGUUUACCAUCAGUCCCUUUCCUCCUUGUGAUUAUUCAUCCAAAUCAUAAAACUAUUCCAACUAACUCCAAUCUCACCGCAAAACCCUUCAGUCUCCACUCUAUCCUCAGCCCUAACUUUCCACGUCAGCUUCUCCGCGUAACGCCUCAUUUUCUCCGUCUGCUCCGCCGUGAACUUCGUCUUAAACCUCUUCCUCACUCUCCCCUCCUCCUCAUCCAAACGUCGUCCGUUAACUCCGUUAUGAUUAUUAUUCAUCCAAACUCUAAGAUUCUUCCUCGUCACUCCAAUCCCAUCGCAAAACUCCUUGACUCUCUCUCUACUCUCAGUGCUCACUUUCCACCCAACCUUCUCCGCGUAACUCCUCAUCUUCUCCCUCUGCUCCUCCGUGAACCUCCUCUUCACCCUCUUCUUCGCUCCCUCCUCGUUCGAUCGAUCCGUCACGAUCCUCUCUUCGGUGUUUCCGUAAGGAGAGCAGAAGAUCUGGCGGAACUGUAACGGCGAGAUCUUGAGAAUUUCGAGGAUCGCGCCGUCGGAGAGAGGUUCCUGGAGGUGGAAGGUGCGGUGGCAGCCGCAUGCGGCGCAGUUUAAAGAGUCUUCGGCGGGAUUGGCGCUGACGAACUCUCCGCAGCCGUCGUAGGCGGUGGUGGUGGUGGUGCUUGCUGCCUGAUUCUUCCUGCAUUCGCCGUAGUGGGGCUUGGGUGAGAGUUGGAGGAGGGAUUCGAUGGUCGGGGAUGGCGCGUGAGGAGGAGGGGGAGUGGGUUUGGGUGGGCGCGUGGGAGGGGAAUGAACGUGAUCUCCAGUUUCACAGCAAAUGGGUGUAGGUUUAGUGCGGCGUUUGCAUUUUUCUUCUGUCUUUGAUUUGGUCUCGUCCAUUGGAGAUGAAGAAGAAGCGAGAGAAAUGAGUACAGUGAGUUGGUAAAGUAACUCUGUUAUUAACGUGUUAAGAAGUACAUUGCCAUGUGGAUUUUUUGUAAGUCAUAAACAUUUGAUG